UACCAGUAUAACGUAUCUGUUAUUGACAAUGGUUGGAACGAUUGUUCUUCUGGUGUGUCGUACGUGCGGAACUCGACUAUUGACUCUAUGCCUUUUGUUGCUGCAUUCGUUUGUAACAAUCACGGAAAUAUGAGAUAUAAACUUUUAGGAGGUUCGAGUUUAUCUAGUGAUUUUAUGGAGAUAUUCCGCUGUCACUCUUGUGAUUAUAAUUGUGACUUGGUAUAUGGUUACCCCUAUGACGAAGUCUGUUCUACAUCUAAUUGUAAACAAUAUUGCAGAGGCGGCUUUUAUCACUACAAUGCUCAAGGUUAUUGUCGAAACAGUAGUCAUUUGCAGUUUAGUUAUCGUCCUACUGGAUGUCCUUCCCAGUGUUCGCAUUGGUACACACUAAGCUAUAUCGAAUGUGGAAUAGAGAUUCCUUGAAACUCUGAGAUAUAAAAUAUACUAUUACAAUUGUAGGACAUCGGAAAUAAUGCCAUGUCUCCAUUUUUGUUUU